UUUCUAGUCUUUGGAUCAAUCUUUGAGGUGUGCCAUCUGCUUUGACUACUUCACUGUCUGUAUGGUAACUGUUUGUUCUCAUAACUAUUGUUCUCUCUGCAUUAGAAAGUAUAUGACAUACAAGUCCCAGUGCCCGACUUGUUUUGAAGAAACUUCUGAACCCCAGCUAAGAAACAAUAGAUUAGUGGAUGAUUUUCUGAAGCAUUACUUAAGGCUUAUAGAAACCCUCAGAAAAUGCCUUAGGCUGGAUGAACACAAUGUACAGGAACUUGGUGGAAAAAUUAAAGUUUCAAAUGAGGAUAAAACUCGGUCUUUCCCCAGAGUUCAAGAAGAGAAAGAUUUAUUGGAAAAAUCAGAUAUAGUACGUGAAGACAGUGUAUUGAUGCCAUCGACUACAGCCUUUUUACCUUCCCUAACCAUAAUGUCUCCAACAGAUGCAGGUGUAAUUUCUAAUAAAGAAGGAUCUACCAGUGGAGAAUACAAAUCUGAAAUACCAGAAAAGUCUGUAUUGUUAGUUGCAUGUCCUGUAUGCAGUGUUCCUAUACCAACAAAAAACAUGAACGUCCAUCUAGACAAGUGCCUUUUGAGGGAAAAAGACGAAAAAAAGUUGAGUAAUUUCCCAUGAACUAUAAAAAUUUUCUGGAUUUAUGCUAAACUCUUGCAGUGCUGAAAGAAACAAAGAAACUAAAUCAGCUUCUUGAUAUCAAGUUUUAUGUUGUAAACUUUUGUAAUAAAAUACUAUCUCGUAUUUUCCAAUCUUUUUAUGAUUUAUGAGUCUUGGCAUUAGUUAGAACAAACCAACUAUCAUUGAUUGUGUAUGAAUAAAUAAAAUAUUUAAGUAAUCUUAAUAAAAGGAAACAAAAAGACAGUAUAGUAGUACAGUUCCAGAAAUAUGUUAGUUUUUAUGGAUGUUGUGAGAUGAUAUACUAUUGCUACUAUUAAUCUUAAUUGUGACUGAAAAACUUUUUUUUUAAUAAUUAUUUGCUACAUUUUUUGGUAGAUAUUACUUUAAAUGUUUAUUUUAUUUUCUGAGUACUUGUUCAAUGACAUUUUGAACAAUGAGCCUAAGUAUUUCAACUGUAGGAUUCUUUGCUUUUAUUCUUACAUUUAGAACAAAUGAAAAGAAGAGAGAACCAUUGCCUAAGCUGGUGUAUCACUUGCUCUCAGACAAAAUUUUGAAGAAAAAGAUGAAAGCUAUUGGACUAAGUACUCAGGACAAU